CUCCCGAAACAUCACACACUUGAAAGGUCAGUAGAGACUGUGAUUGACAGGCUGUGAGUGGUCUUCCUGUCCAGAGAGGGCAGCCAUGACGGUGACAUACUCACGGCGGGUGGCAGAUGCGCGUCUGGGCACUUUUUAUUGCCUGCUUCUGCGAUGGAAAGGAAGCAUCUAUAAACUGUUAUAUCGAGAGCUGCUGAUCUUCACUGUGAUGUACGGCACAAUCAGCAUCACGUACAGGUGCAUACUGACUGAAGAGCAGCGCAGGAUGUUCGAGAAGCUCUCCGUGUACUGUGAUCAGUACGCGCAACUGAUUCCCUUGUCGUUCGUACUGGGUUUCUACGUGACGCUUGUGGUGUCUCGUUGGUGGGGUCAGUACGAGAGCAUCCCGUGGCCGGACCGUCUGUCAGCGCUGGUUAGCGGACACGUCCGGGGCGCAGAUGAAGGGGCCAGACUCAUCCGCAGGAGUCUAAUGCGUUACGCCAACCUGUCGGGCAUCCUGAUCUACCGCUCGGUCAGCACCGCUGCCUACAAGAGGUUCCCGACCAUGAGCCACCUCGUUCAAGCAGGUCUGAUGACGGCUGAGGAACUGAGGCAGUUAGAGGAACUGCCCUCCCCUCAUAAUAAGUUCUGGGUUCCCUGCAUGUGGUUUGUCAGUCUGGCCAUGAGAGCUCGAUCUGAAGGACGCAUCAAUAAUGAUGUGGCAAUGACCGCCAUCCUCAACGAGUUGAACACACUGCGCUCUCAGUGUAUGAGGCUGUACGGCUAUGACUGGAUCAGUCUGCCUCUAGUUUACACACAGGUUGUAACCGUGGCUGUGUACAGUUACUUUUUGACUUGUCUGAUUGGUCGGCAGUUCCUCGACCCCACCCAGGGUUACCCGGGUCACAACCUGGACUUCUACCUGCCUGUCUUCACCUUACUGCAGUUCUUCUUCUAUGUGGUCUGGCUCAAGGUGGCAGAGCAGCUCAUUAAUCCGUUUGGGGAGGAUGAUGAUGACUUUGAGACAAACUGGCUGGUGGACCGUAAUUUACAGGUGUCUCUGCUGUCAGUGGAUGAGAUGUAUGAUCUGGUUCCUCUGGUUGAGAGAGAUAAAUACUGGGAUGAAUCAGAGCCUCAGCCGCCUUACACAGCUGCCAGCGCCGAACACCGCAAACCCUCAUUCAUGGGAUCUGCUUUGGACAUCAGCGUUCCCAAAGAGGAAAUGGAAUUCCAGCACAAUCUGGAGCAGAUUAAAGAACAUGAGGAGGCCAAUCAUUCCACUCCAUUCCUGGGCAGCUUGAGUCGCAUUCUGGGUGUCCAGUCGCCCAAUUUCUCCCGCCCGACACCCACGUCCCGAGUCUCCCUCCUGCGGCGGCGUCCCCGCGCCCCCUUCUCUCGUUUCCCCCUUUACCUCCAUCCCGAGAACUCUCCGAUGCCCAGCCACGCCCGGAAUGCUGACAUAGAGGAUGCGUUCUCAUCCAUGCCUCUAUACGAAAGACCCGGUUUCUACAGUUGCCCUCAGACGCCCAUCCACUGCGUCCCUCCGUCCAUUCCUCGCCCAAGGCUGCGAAGAGCGCACGGCGACAGCUCCAGCUCCCUGGCGCAUCCCCUGGUGGGCUCGCCAGUCCUGUCUACACCUGACACGCCCGCGCCUCCGUCCUCCGCCUUCCCUUGGGUGGGCGAAGACAGUGAACAUUCGGGUCCCGCUUUCUGCUUUCCGGACCCUGUGCCUGAGCUGUUACCCAAAGUAUGGCCAAGUCAAGGGUUGCCGUCGCGUCGGCCCCUGCCUCUACGACUCUCUUUGGACACGUCGCCAUCUCCGUCUACACCCGAAAGGGUGUUUUCUUUCACCCCUCCAUCUUGGCCGCAAGCUCAAAUCCACACUGCCAGUUCAGGGAGUGUGAAUGUGACCGCAGCGACAAACAGCAACAGUAACCUGUGCAACGGGGCAGCAAAUAAUCCCUGGCCAAUCAGCAGAAGCACCACUGCAAGCACAGCCAAUCCUGUCAGCACCAGCCCCACAGCGACUCAGCAGACAGCCAAUCAGCACAACUCUGCCAACGACUCUGGCAUCUCAUUGGCUGAGGGGGAUCUGUUGGGUGCUGUGGUGAAAAUGAGGGAACAGCUCUGAGUUAGGUGGAAAAUACCAGCUUAGACCAGCAUGAAUUCUCUUCCAGACUGGUUUAGAGCUGAUCCAACAGGUUAAGAUCUUUGCCUUGGGUGAGUGAAGGUAGUGAACAUUCGGGUCCUGCUUUCUUCUUUCCGGACCCUGUUUUUGAACUGUUACCUAAAGUACGCCACAGUCAAGGGUUGCCAUUGCACCUGGACACGUCCUCAUCUCUGUCUACACCAGAGAGGGUGCUUUCAUCACCCCUCAACACCGCCAGAUCAGAACCCGGGAAUGUGGCCGUGACGUCAAACAGCAACACUUACCUGUGCAACAACACCUAGCCAAUCCGCAGAAGCACCACUGCAAGCACAGCCAAUCCUGUCAGCCCAAGCCUCACGGCGACUCAGCAGACAGCCAAUCAGCACAACUCUGCCAAUGACUCUGGCAUCUCAUUGGCUGAGGGGGAUCUGUUGGGUGCUACAGUGAAAAUGAAGGAACAGCUGGAAAAUAUACCAGCUUAGACCUGAAUUCUCUAGGUCGGACUGAUUUAGAGCUGGUCCAGCAUGUUUUUGUCUACAUUUAAGACAUUUUAAGAAACCUCAGUAUCAAAAACCUUUCUGGGGUUCUCAGAAGCGGAAGUCGUCGUAAACUUCUACAGUGGUCAACAUAAAUUCUCAUUUGCCCCAACAGCAAAAAAAAAAAAAAAAAAAAGAAUCCAUGGUAGACUUUCUGACAUUCCAAAAGAGGAAAAAAUAUUGAGAGAUUAAUUACGCUGGCCAGAUGUGAGAAAGAUGCCAAACUGCCUUCACUCCCUUAGCUGUUGUGUUAGAAACACUCAUGCAGAAACGACUUUUAUGUAAGUUAAUGGAAAGGUAAUAAAACACAAAGUAUAGUCCUUUUUACAAAAUACUAAAUAUUAUAUAUAUGUAUAACUUUGCUAGAUUUAUGAUGUUAAUAACUGUGGAAACGUCAUCACAGUCAGUGAAUAAGGUCCAUGAAUUAUAACAUGCAUAAUUUGAUCAGUUCCAUCAAUCAAACUGAUCAUUUCACUUUCCGGUCAUCGUUAUUUUUUUAUUAUACUGCUGUACAGUAUGUAACUCGUAUAAAUCAGUAAAAUCACUUCUUGAUCUCCACUGUCACUCUCAUUGCAUAAACAAUGUUGCAGAAUAUUUAUAAAAAUUAUAAAACAAAUGAUAUCAAAGAAAAGGUCCAGAUCCACACAAAGAUCCUGGUGCAGAACAAACCUCCCAAACACAGUGCAUCAUGGGACUGUAACUGAAUUAAACUCUUUUGUACCAAGCUGCGCACUUUACACUAAUUCUUCUCAGAAUGAGGUGAACGGAGGGUAAAAUCAAAGCCCAGUUUAAUCUUGCCUUGAUUUACUGCAGAAUAUUUAUAGUCAGCAUGCAUUUGUUUAACAUGUUUGACAUCAUUAUUCAAGCCACUCAGCAGGUACAUCAAAUGCAUUUCUUCUUUAUCUGUAUAUAUAAAGAGAAGAUAUUAUGGUACGUACCUGAUGGAAAAUAGAGUUUAGUUUUG